CUAUCCGGGCCAAAGACUUGGGAAAAGACGUCGCCUUCCAAGUGGUCCUAAACGCCUCGCUGUCCGUGGACACCUUCUUUCUACUAAGUGGACUGCUUCUCAUGUUCGUUUGCUACGGAAAGAUUCAACAAGACAAAGGCAGAUUUGACUUUUUGAUGUACUACAUACAUCGCUACAUCAGGCUGACGCCGCCAUUCCUGAUGGUGUCUCUCACGCUGAUUCUUGGCCCACCCUGGAUGAACGGUCCGAUCUGGCAUGAGACCGUAGACCGUUUCGCAGAAGGGUGCAAGCGCUACUGGUGGACCAACGUCAUUUACAUAAGUUCCUGGAUGAAGACCCAAGAAGUUUGCCUUCCACAUGGCUGGUAUCUGUCCUGUGACAUGCAAUACUUCAUCAUUGCCCCAAUCUUCUUUAUCACGCUUUACAGGCGGCCAGCCCUUGGCCUGGGUCUCAUAGGUGCCUUCGCCGUCGCCAGCAUGGUCGUAACAGGCCUGGUCACGUAUACCUACGACUACGGUCCAGUCGCACUAUUUUCUAUACCGGACGAUGAAAACCUGAACGCAUUCCUGAACGACAUCGCAUUUCGUCCGUACACGCAUUUUCCAUCUUUCGCCGUCGGCCUGUUUCUCGGAUACCUCAUCUACAAGUACAGACAGAUCAAGAUUAGCAGGCGGAUACAGCUGGUGGGCUGGCUGUCAUCGGUGACCACGGGACUGACCCUCGUGUACGGCGUUUACGACUGGAACGCCUAUUCACCGCCAGGACCUUUGCUCAGCGUGUUAUACGGUGCCACCAGCCGCCCCGCCUGGACAUUGUGCGUCGCCUGGGUCACCUUCGCCUGCGUCUCCGGCCACGGAGGAUUCGUGGACACGCUGCUGUCGUGGAAGGCGUUCGUGCCCCUGAGCAAGAUGACCUUCAUGGUUUACCUGCUGCACCCGCCGCUGAUGUUCAUGUACGCGGCGCACACCAUGAACGCCAUCUACGUCACCCAAUUUAUGGUGGUCUACGUCUACUUUGCGCACCUGCUGGCCUGCUACAUGGCGGCCUUCGUGGGCUGCGUCACCUGCGAGACGCCGUUCAUCAACGUCGAGAAGAUCCUGUUCAAGGCGCUGAACGACUACCGCAAGAGCCGCAAAGCGGAAGCCAGCUCUGCGAGCGCGGCGCGGUUGCAGCCCGCCAGGACCACCGGCGGUGCCGCCGCAGCGAUCGACGGCUGGGCGCACGCCGUGCCCGAGUCUGCAGCAGCGGCGACGGUCAGCCGUUUUGUCGCCGCCGGAUCGGAAUGCGCGCGCGGCGACAGCUGCAGGCUGUAGUCGCGCGCCGCCCAGGGUGCGGCCAGGAGACGUGCUUUGUCGUCGUUACUGCCUGGACAGCUCUGCGAUAUUCACGCUGCCCAAGUGCCCACCGGCCGCGGUACAUCAGGGAUACGGGUAGGGCUUACAGCCCAAGGUACAGGACCUUGUGUGCAUGCUACUGUGGGAAGCACUCGUACAAGGACCGUUAUGGCCCACAUUUUAGCAAAGAAAAAAAAAACAC